CCUGAGCCUCGUGCCUGCGCCCGUAAAUCCGGAAGCGCUGGUGUUCGCGGCACCCGCCCACCGCUGGAAAUUCCUUAGAGGAGCAGUCAGUCCGGCAUUCACGACAAGCAAGAUGGCACAGGCGUUCAAGGUCUUUGAGACCUCCAGCGAGGAAUUGGCGGACAUUGUCGGAAAGCAAAGCGCUGUCAAUGGAUCAGUGGACGCAAUGCUACUCUUGCGGCGAUACGCCUUGGACACGAUUCUCAAGGCUGGCUUUGGCAUCGACAUGGGCGUGCAGAAAACCGAACCUGGUGGGUUUUGGGACAAACUCGCCAUUGAAGGUUCCCGGCUGUUGGAUGCACUCGGGCUGCAAGGAAUCACGCUAAUAGCAAAUUGUCUGCCAGAACUUCAGCCUCUUCUUCUGUGUCUGGUGAAAGUUACUGCAUGGUGCAUAGAUAAGUUCACCGCUUGUGUCGAGAGCCUGGUGAAACCAAUCAUUGAGCGGCGCCGGGAGAUCAAGUCGAGCAAGGCAUGUGACAUCCUUCAGUUUCUUCUUAAGAGCGAGGAAUUGGAUGCCGCUACGGGCAAUGACGCUCAUAGCCGCCUAUCUAGAGCCGAGAUCUUGGCAAAUGCGAUCGUUUACUUCUCUGCCGGGUUAGACAGCACGGUUUACGCAGUCGUCUCGGUUCUAUACUCCGUGGCCACGCACACGGACAUUCAGGAAAGACUGAGAAAAGAAAUUCACACCAUACUGAAGGAGGAGGGUCAGCUCACCUAUCACGCUGUCGGACGAAUGAAAUACCUCGACAUGGUGCUCAAGGAGACGAUGCGUCUGUAUUCUCAAAACGUUGGGUUUGUCGCAAGACGUGCGGUUUCCGACUACACGUACAAAGACCUUUUAAUACCAAAAGGGGUGAGCGUAUUAGCUGCUGCAAGCUGCCUCAACGUAGACCCAGAUAUAUGGAGUGAUCCAACUGUGUUUGACCCAGAGAGAUUUAGCGAUGAGAACAAGGCUCUCAUCCACCCGGCUUCUUACCUGGCUUUCGGAGUUGGUCCACGUAGCUGCGUGGGCCGUGCGUUCGCCACUCUGAACGUCAAAACAGUUAUCGCCACGUUAUUGUCAAGAUAUCGAGUACGUAUGGACGGCGAGCGUCACAAGGUAAGCGGCAGGCAUUUUGACGAGCAACUUGAUCAUCGCAUGCCUGCCACACUCCGUGUGGUUCAAGUUUGAGUGUGUUUAACGCAUUCCUACUCCUAUUCGUACCUAAAAAUGGCACUGCCACCACUGGGCUUUGCACGAUAAUGUAGCAAAUAUAACGUGGUGCAUAAAGAUUACUCAACUA